UGCAAGGGAGAUUUAGUGUAUUGCGAUCUGUAUGAAAACAUUACUUUCUGUUGGAUUGAUCAUGUUAUUAAAUUAAAAAGUUCAUCUACUAAUUAUUAUUUUGUGUUUAAGAAUGGCAUCUUUAUUUCGCCGAAUCUCUAGUCAACCUCUGAUUAAAUUGCUUCCACGCUCAACGAGGUUAAUGUCAACACAAGUACUUGUCAAAGUAUCUGAACAAACAAUGGAUGAUGUUUCCAAGAAAUUGGAAAAUAUGGUUGCCGACUUCAAACACUUUGCACCCUCUCCGCGAUUCUUUUCACCUGAUAUUGAACUUAAUGAUGAAAUAUUAAACAAAAAUAUUAAAGGAUUAGUGAACUAUCAUUUUCAUUGCUUUAAGUACAUGAUGUACAUUAAUUGGACGUACAAUGGAUUUCAAGUUAACCCGAUAGAUGUAGUCAAAAAUCUCGAUGAAGGUGUUGUGGAUAUUAAAUGGCAAUUUUAUGGCAGACCAGGAUGGUACAUGACUUUUUUCCUUGAUCUGGCCAAAUCAGCGGCUAAAAACGUUGAUACAAGAAGAGAUGAAUGGGAUGCAUUUGAAGGUUUAACGCGCUUCCACUUAGACGAAAAAGGGCUUAUUUAUAAACAAGAUUUGAAACUGCUAAAAAGCGGGAAUUAUCGCAAUAUUAUUCGACUAGCAAAAUCAAAAAAUCAAGAAAAAAAUGACUCCCAAAUUGUGAAAAAAUAAUAUCUUUAUUUAGUUGUUAGCUUAUUAAAUUUUGGUUUGUAAUCAAU